AUGUCGUCCCUCAAAAAGUUUAUUCCGUUCUCGUCUUCUUCCGCCACUAAACCAGACUCUGAAAAAGCGCUGAAGGCUCGGAUCAAGAUGCUCGAAUCGCAAGUGAAGAAGGUGAAAGACCAGAGACAGGAGGAGCACGACAAGUUUGAAAAGAAUAUGGCCGAAAUCGAGAAGAAGCAUGAACACGAGCUCGUCAAAGUCCAGAACAAAGCGAUAAAGUCCGGAAAGCUCCAGCUUAUUGAUGAACUGACUGAGGAUAUGGUGCGCUUGAGCUUUGAAGCGGAGCGCUACGACAACCUCGCGUUCUCCCUCAACUGGGGAUCAAUACAGGCUUAUUACUCCGUCAUGACGGCCAAGUCCAAGUGCCUCUCUCUGAAGCAGACAAUCGCUCAGAUUCCGGACCCGACGUGCGCUGUUUGUGGACAAAAGUUCACGGAGGACGGUCCCAGAACUCCGCGGCUCCUCGGUGAGUUUUUACAGUCUUUUUUGGCUCUCAAACAUUUUCACAGAUCUUUCAAACAAUUCAGUCUAUUUCCAGAGUGUGGCAACACCGUUCCACGCCCAGUGGUUAGCGUGUCUAAUCCUUCAGUGAUUCUUCGCUGUUCCCGUUUUUCCUGUGUAUUCCACGACUGGGUGACUUCAUACGUGAAAAUGUCACGGAAAGCGUGCACAAAAACCUCUUUGAAAACCACAGGCCAAUGAAAAAUCCACAUUUUGGCCCUACAUUUGCACGCAGAAAAAAAAUUGGCAUGAACCCUUGACGGUCACGGGUACGCGGCAAUUUUUAAAAAUUGGCAUGAACCCUUGACGGUCACGGGUACGCGGCAAUUUUUAAAAAUUGGCAUGAACCCUUGACGGUCACGGGUACGCGGCAAUUUUUAAAAAUUGGCAUGAACCCUUGACGGUCACGGGUACGCGGCAAUUUUUAAAAAUUGGCAUGGACCCCUAAAAAAAAUGAAGAGUUUUGAUUUAAAAAAAAACGCUCAAUUACAUAGUCAGACAACACAAAAUAGCUAAGAAGUUUUCAGUUUACCACAUUUCAGAAUGAUCAUCGUUUCUCGAGAUAUGUUCCUUAAAACAAUUGGUCGUUUUUCAUUCACAUUCACAGUUACCAUCAGAAGAAUCAUUGGCUCUUUCAGACAUAGCCUUUUUGCGGACCAUUAACAAUUCUUUCCCACAUCCUCGAUUCCGGCUCUGAAAAUUCGCGCUCCUUCCCCCAUCUACACACCCUUUCUCGCCACACCUCCGCCUUCUUUCACUCCCCCCUUUCUCUCCAUCUUUUCCGCGUUGAAACACUUGCGUUCGUCGUCUUGACAACCAAAAACUGAGCCCUCCCCUCCCCCCUUUCCCGCUUUUGCUCGCCGAGCCCACGCAACGUAAUCGUCGUAAUCGCAUGCGUGACUAAUCCUCGCGCGCAUGCUCAUCCGAUAAUAUUAUGCGAUUACUCCUACUUUUCACCUGUUUUCUAUCAUCAUUCUCGGCAGUUUCGACUCAACACCUACAGUGCUAUCAUUGCAUUAACCGCCUCAGCACCGGCGACAUUUCGAAACAGGAGCAGAAUGCGCUAAAAACCGCUCUUUUUGCCAGGUACUAAACUUUUCCAUAUGUUUUCUCAUUUAAACACAAAAAAGGUUCAGAUUCAACAUUCCGCCCUCAAGCGAAUAUUGUGCCGACGGCGGCGAGAACGUUCUCUUCCGGGCGGUCCCCAAAGAAGUUUGUCAGGGCGCCAAUGACACGUGUGUACGAUUUAUUUCUGAAGGUGAGCCAUUUUCACUAUUUUUCCCGUAUUGUCCGUGAUUUUAAGCUGCUUUACGAAAUUUGAAUCGGUUCUCGAGAUAUUUUUCAAAAACAGAUCGAUUUUUAAUCCGAUUUCUCGUAAUUUCUCAAGUUUUCAUAGCUUUUCGAUUCAAAUCGCUUGUGAAACAGGCAAUCUCAUAAACAGACAAUACUCAAGUUAAAAGGACCCAAAACCGAUGAAAUUGAUAAAUUUUUUCCAAAUUCCGAAUUUUAGGCGAUGCCACGAAAAAACUGGUGCUCCGUGGGUGUCAAUCCACUUUGCUGCGCUCCGAUUUCGACCUGGUCACCAAUUAUGCGUGCCACGACUCUUCCGAGUGCCUAA